CUGUUGUUAUCGAUAGGCAGCUCAGAGGCCCACACCCAAAGCCAGCAGCAAACACAAACACAAACAGCUCAUUUUCUAAAUAUUCAACAACCAACCAAUUCAAAUCUCCGAUGCAAAAAUCUUCACAUUUUGCACGCGAGGAUUCCCAGGAGCACCUACCGCCCACACACCCACACCAUAUAGUAAACAUGAAACGUCGCACCUUGGCUGGCACCUGCGGCGUGGGAGUUUUCAUCUUUGCAUUUGCCUUCAUUGCCAUUGCCUUUGCAACGCCCAGUUGGCUGGUAAGUGAUUAUCGCAUAACUGGAGCUAAAUUGGAUCGUCUGGGAUUGUGGGUGCACUGCUUCCGUUCACUGCAAGAUGUGAAUGAUGGUAGCCUGCGGCGAUUCUUUGUGGGUUGUCGAUGGGUCUAUGACCCAUUUACCACUGGCUACGAUGAGAUUCGUGGCUUCCUGCUGCCAGCCUUCAUGAUUGCCACACAAUUCUUUUAUACGGUGGCCUUCAUCGGCAUGCUGGUGAGUGCCAUCGGUGUAUUAGUCUUCUUUCUCUGCGCUGGACCAGAUCAGAAGCAUUUCAUCACUUUGAUACGAUCGUUGGGCUACGUUCUACUUGGAGCUGGUGUCAGUGCGGCCAUUGCUGUCAUUGUGUUUGCCUGUUUUGGCAAUCGCAACGGUUGGAUGCCAGAGCAUGCCAACAAUUGGUUCGGCUGGUCAUUUGUUCUUGCCUGUGUGGGAACAGUUUUCACUUUGGUUGCUGCCACCCUCUUCCUAACCGAGGCACAUGUCCAGCAGCGCAAACGGUUGCAAUUCAAGGAGUCUCAAACGCGAUUUGAAUUGGUUCGCGGUUAAGUUUGGUUGGGUUCACUUUUUGAUCCCUGCCUUUUUCUUUCUUUUGGCUACUUCCCAGCUCUAACACACACAAAAAUACAUAUAACAACACAUUGAUACAUUCCGUCCCCACGAGUAAUUUUACAAAGAAGAAUUCUCACCAUUAUAAUUAAAAGCUAGUAGGUUAUUUUUUUCGUAUUUGUAGUAUUUUUUUUUUUUGCGUUUAUUUAGUUGAAAAUGUUUAUGCAAUUUGACAGUCCCCGUCCCCCCUCUUUACACACAAACCUCCUUCCAACCCGUCCACUCCACUUGAAAUGCAUCACAUUUGUACGACCAGAAGAGACUUUUUUUCGCACAUUGCUUUUGGUACUUAUGAAUCAUCAAUAAUUCAGGAAAUCCAUCAACAAAUGAAUGACUGCAUUUGCCACAAAAUCAGAUAACCCAUAUAGAUGCUUGAAUCUCAUAAGAAAACAUUCUUUGGAAAUGUGUCUCUCGCGAAAAACCAUGUAUACAAUCUUUCUGUUUGCUUUGAACUCGUUUUUGAAAUGAUAAAUUUCAAACUAAUUUCUGUUCCCAUUUCUAUAAACAUUUCAAAAGAAAAACAUAAUCAGUUUCCUUCGCGAAACUAUGAUUAUUCCAGUGCUUUCUAAAAAAAAGACUUUUUAAAAAUAUACAAAUAGACAUGAAACUUAUUUUUCAAAUCAGAGACUUUUGAAGUAAAUAGAAAUCCUGAUCCGUCCACAACCAAUAGAUGAAAUCUGUUGAGAUAUUAAAUGAUGGUGGUCUUUUUUAAGAGUAUAACCAUUUGAUUCCUUUGAAUUUUCGCAUAAUUAGACACGUUUCCAAGAGAUAAAGAUUAGGUAGAACCCAAAAAAAUAGUAAAUCUAACACACUCAACGCUCAAAUGAAUCAUGAUUUAUACUGUAUACCCAUACUACCCAUAGCAUAGAUAUAUGUACAUACAUAUAUCUGUGUAUCUCAAUAUAUUUCCAUAUCUUUUUUUUUUUUUUUUGUUACAUAUAUGUACUUUUUAUUAUGUAUUACUUACUAUGCGCUCAAUUAACCUACACUUUUUGAUGCUAUAUAGAGAAACGAUGAUACGAGACGAUUUUUAAAUAUGACGCAGGCAUUUUCGAAACUCUUACUCAAGUGCCUUAAUUAGUGACAACUACUAUACAAAAUAUAAAUAUAUAGAAAGAUAGUUUAAUAGUGCCUUUUAGUGCUAAAGAAGAAAAAAAAAACAAAAUUUCUGUUGGUUUUUCGAUUUUGUCUGUGGCAUAUAAAUAUUAAAAAAAAAAAAACAAAAUACAUACAUACAAGCACACAUACAUAAAUAUACCAUAUCAUUUAUACAAUUUAUAUAUAUAUAUAUAUAUUUAUAUUGGAUUGCAUAAACUUCAACUAAAUUCGAGUAGUUGACCUAGUUAAGAAGAUAUUUAAAAACGAAACCGAUCCAUAGUUUAAGCAACUUGUAAACCUCUCUCUAACUUCAACUGUAUUAAUGUUCGUCCAAUCUUUUAAAAAAAAACCAAAUGUUCAAAAUUUUUAUUAUCAUAUACAAAAAGCAAAAAAAAAAACUAUAUUUUUUUGUACAAAACAAAAUAAAAAACAAAACGACAUACUUUUUUAGCGAAA